AUGCAAACAGACCAUAGAGUACCAUCAAUAAACAUAACAGCUAUGCGACAACAACAACAUCGAAAACGUUCAUAUUCCAAUGGAGCCUUUCGUAAACGUGAUCGACACGAUCUUAUUUGUGUCAUAUGCCAUGCACCAGCCAUGGGUUAUAACUUCGAUCAAAUAACAUGUGAAAGUUGCAAAGCAUUUUUUCGACGUAAUGCAUUACAAACUUCAAAUAGAUUAAAAUGUCGUGUUGGUACAAAUGAUUGUAUAAUUACAUUAGAAACACGAAAAAGAUGUAAAUAUUGUCGUUUGAAAAAAUGCUUUGAAAAAGGUUUACGCAAAGAAUGGAUCAUGUCAGAAGAAGAAAAACGUACAAAAAAACGAAAAAUUGAUGAUAAUCGACGUUUACGUGCUAUGUCACAAAGUUUAUCUAUAUUAUCAGCAUCAACAUAUUCACCAUCGAUUCCACCUGAUGAUGGAUAUUCCGAAUAUAUUUUUUUAAAAUCUCAAGAUUCAUCCGAUGAUGAUUCAAAUGAAUAUAAAUAUUCUUUUGAUGGUAAUACACGUAUUUUAUUAAAACAAAUUGAAGAACAUUAUACACAAGCUGUUCGAUUAAAUAUUUCAAUCAUAAAAGGUUUGGAUAGUCCAUGCCUACGAGAUCUUCACGAUUUAGUUGAUAUUGUAAAUGAACCAGCACAUAUUAGUACUUUACGAAUGAUAACAUUUUUUAAAUUAACACCUCAAUUUAAUUCAUUACAUGAAGAUGAUCGACUUACACUUGUUAAACAUAAUUUAAUGACAAUAUUAUUUUGCCAUUUUUAUAUAUGUACGAAUGUAAAUACAGGAAUCUUUCAUGAAUCACAUACGCCGAAUGAUUAUUGUUAUAAUGUCAGUGCAUUACGUGGUUACUCUGAUUCCGUUUAUCACAAAGCAAUGAACUUGACUGAAGAAGUACAACAAUUAUGUUCAAACGAUCAUUUAGUUAUGAAAUUAUUAAUAUUAAUUGUAAUAUUUUCUAAAGGAGCUGAUUCUAUCGAACCAAUAUUAAUUGAAUCACAAAAAGUAUUUGAUGCACAAAAUAUUUUUAUUGAUCUCCUAUGGAAUUAUUUAAAUGUACGUUUUGGUGAAGAACAAACUGCAUCUAUUUUUUCUCGUCUUAUAUUUUGUUGUAUGAAAACUCAUGAAUUAGCACGAGAAGCAAAAGAAACAGCAGCUAAAAAAAAUGUCGAUAGUAAUGAACUUGCUCCAUUAAUGCAAUCUAUCUUACAAAUAUCUUAG